GGGUUGGUUGUAGGUUGGUUGUUAGGCAGAGCGUACCAGGUUGAGUUGGUUUGUGUUUGUAUUAUGACUUUAAUGUGGAACAUUAGUCGUGAUGAACAGAGUUUCUGACUCUAUUAUGAUCAUGCUUGUAUAAUAUGGAGAAUGGUGGAUAAAUCUAAAGGGACUACUUUGCCUACCUUGGACCUGAAAAAAUAGUCAUCAAAAGAUGGAAAAGGUGACACCUCUCUUGUCAUCAGUCAGAGCUGUAACACUCUCAAACAGAGACUGAUAAGAAAAGAAAAGGAACCCUUUGGCAUACAGGCAAGAGGGUGAGAAAAUUUCCAAAGCGAAAAGACACACUUAGCCAAACAGGAAAUGGCAUUCUUGGACAAUCCGGCCAUUAUCCUGGCUCACAUCAGACAAUCUCAUGUGACCAGUGAUGAUACUGGAAUGUGUGAGAUGGUGCUAAUAGAUCAGGAUGUUGAUCUUGAGAAGUGCCAGCUUUCUCUGGUGCCUGGUAGCAGCUUUGGGUCAACUGGGUCAGGCCUCCUGAAUGAGGGGGGCAGUAGUGUGACAGACAGUCAUCCCUGUGACCUCUCUCAGUCUAUGGACAUCACCUCCAGCUGGGACUUUGGCAUUCGUCGGCGUUCCAACACAGCCCAAAGACUUGAAAGACUAAGAAAAGAACGACAGAACCAAAUCAAAUGCAAAAACAUUCAGUGGAAAGAGCGGGCAUCCUCCCAGUCAGUGGAAGAUCUGGGGUCUCUGUUUGAAAAGCGCAACUUUAAAGACAGGCCGCAGACAACUGGUACAAAAUCCACUUUGUCGCUGAGGCUUGAGCAGUGUCCCCAGCAGCUCAAUAAUCCCUUCAAUGAAUACUCUAAAUUUGAUGGCAAGGGCCACAUCGGCACCACAGCUACAAAAAAGAUAGACGUCUACCUAUCAAUGCAAAUGACUCAGGAGAAAGUACAUCCAAUGACAGUGGUGACCAUUGCCAAUGCCCGUGUCCAUGACCUCAUUGGACUUAUCUGUUGGCAAUACACAAGCGAGGGACGAGAACCCAAACUCAAUGAAAAUGUGAAUGCUUAUUGCCUUCACAUUGCUGAAGAUGAUGGCGAGGUAGACACUGACUUCCCUCCGCUAGACUCCAAUGAGCCAAUACACAAGUUUGGUUUCAGCACUCUGGCCUUGGUGGAGAAAUACUCCUCCCCUGGCAUCGCUUCCAGGCAGUCACUGUUUGUUAGAAUAAAUGCUGCUCAUGGUUUUUCUCUAAUUCCGGUGGACAAUUUGAAGGUGACUAUGAAGGAAAUUCUCCAGAAAGCUCUCAAGAAGAGGAAAGGUUCACAGAAAGGCUCGGGGCCCUUGUAUCGUCUCGAGAAGCAGACCGAGCCAAAUGUAGCAGUAGACCUGGACUCCUCACUGGAGAGCCAGAGUACCCUGGAAUUUUGCCUGGUCAGAGAAAACAGCUCCAGAGGUGAGGAGAGUUCAGAGGAAGACCCUCCUAUUGACAUCACCACAGUCCAAGACAUGUUGAGCAGUCAUCACUACAAGUCCUUCAAGAUCAGCAUGAUCCACAAACUGCGUUUCACCACAGAUGUCCAGCUAGGGAUUUCAGGAGAAAAACUGGAGAUUGAUCCUGUCACCAAUCAGAAAGCCAGUACUAAGUUCUGGAUUCGGCAGAAACCCAUUUCCAUUGACUCGGACCACCUUUGUGCUUGUGACCUUGUGGAGGAAAGAAGCCCUAGUCAUGCAAUAUUUAAACUCACUUAUCUCAGCAAUCAUGACUACAAGCCUCUCUACUUUGAGUCUGAUGCUGCUACUGUCAAUGAAAUAGUGCUGAAGGUAAACUACAUCUUGGAGUCCCGGGCCAGCACCUCCCGUGCUGAUUACUUUGCCCAGAAACAGCGAAAACUGAGCCGCCGGACCAGCUUCAGUUUCCAGAAGGAGAAGAAGACUGGGCAAUAGACGGGCUCCUCUGCCACC